UGAGCUCUCUUUACUGCAAUCCUUGCUUUUUGGCUUCUGUUGGUUCUUAUUUCGUUUGGGUUUGUGGAAUUUGUGAUUGUUAUCUUGAAAUUUGUCAUUAGGGUUUGGUUGCGUUUAGCUCCAGAUUGAUGCAGUUGGUUUUUGUUAUUGGUUUUAUGUGAUUUUGAUUGGAAAGGAUUUGCUAUUGACACUGUAUUUGUUUUCUGCAAUCGUUGGUUAAUGGGAAUAGGAAGCUGUUGUAGAAGUUAUGAUUGUUUUGUUGAAAUUUGUCACUAGGGUUCUGGUUGAGUUUAACAUCCAUUGUUAAAAAGAUUUUGUGCUUUUGGGUUUGAUGUAAUUGUUCUGUAUGCUUUCCAUGGCAAUGCGAUGCCACAUUUUUCUCUCAUGUUUUUUUAAAAACAAAACAGAACAGGUUCUGAAUCUCUUAACAUGGCAAAAUGAGAUCUAUUGAUCAUUAACUUAUCUUCUGGUUAAUAUUUUGCCUCGCAAGAACUCUUUCCUCAUUCUACAUUUAUUUUUUUAUGUUUAGUGAUUUUAACUUUUGCAGUGCAUGAUAAACCUUAAUAUGAAUCUCUGCUCAAUUAUUUAGCAUUUCACAUUAUACCCUAGAUGAUAAACUUGAAUGAACAGUCCCCCUGACUUAUUUACCUUACAAUGUUUAGUUCUGUUUAAUAUUGGGCUGAUGAGUGGAAUGUAAACAAAUGGGUAUGGGACGGAGCAUUGAAAGUGGUUAGCUAAGGGGAAGAGUGUACCAUUAAACUUGAGCAUAAAACUACAGGUGCAUCAAUCUUCUAAUUAGCUGGGGAAUUGUUCUACUUUUAUGAAUCAGGGGAAUUGUAUGCUAGAUCAUUUUUGAGGGAUGGAGAGCCACAUCCAGUGGAGCCUGUAAUUGACAGUAGCAGGUUAAUUCCAAUUUGAUUUCCUAAUCUGAUAUGGUACUAAUUUGACUUGUAAUGCUUGUUAUUUAUGUUUUUUAAGUUGACAAAGUUCAAACUAUCUUUCUUGCCACACAUUUUUCCCUAAAGCGGUUUCCAAGUUGUCAUUUUCUGCUUUUCCAGAUAUUUUGUGCUUUGAGUGGAAGAGGAUAUUGGUGAGUUUGCAUGUUCUCUUUAUUGAACCUUUCAUUUCCCUUCAAAAAAUCUUGAGUAGAAUAUGGUGUAAUGCCUAUGUGCGAACUCAAGUGGCGCCUUUCUCAGAAAAUACUACCUUCAUCUGAUUUUUCUUGAACUCUUACCAACUAGGUGGUCAAAGUUGUAAUUGUAGGCUCUGAGAGUCUUCAAAUUUUCAUGAAUGACAAAAAUAAAUAAAGUUUGAAGCUCUAACCAUGUGUCAAAUUAGCUUUUAGGAUUGCUGAGACACAAAUAGCCAAAUGUGAAGGGUUCGUAUGAAAAUAUUUCUAUUAAUUUCUUAAGAAGCACUUCAUUUCUUGUAAAUGUUUCUGAUAAGUUCACACAGCUUACUUUCAGAUUCUGGCUCCAAGUUAUAUGUGUCCUUGUAAAUAUGAACUGUAAGCAGUAGGCAUUUUGAAAUGUGGAUAUUUUUAUGCCACUUAAUUUGUCCAGCUUCAGGAAAACUAAGUGCACAUUUGAGAACUUGAUGAGUUAAAACUUUUUAUUGGAGGAAUGAAUUCAUGGUGGUCGAAAACGACAUGAUUAUAUUGGUAUAGUUUUCCGAUAAAGGACUGUAGCUUAUGAUUUCCAGACUGCAAUUUUUACUUUAGGAGAUGAAGUUUGGGGUUUCAGUGUUGCACCUGGGUUGUACACUUCUUGCCCUGUCAUGCUGAACCCGAGGUGCCUUGGGAUUGUCUUUGAUCUUGAUGAGACACUUAUAGUUGCUUAUACCAUGACGUUGUUUGAGGAUAGAAUUGAUGCCCUUCAACAAAAAGUAAACAAUGAAAUGGAUCUACAAAGAGUUACUGGUAUCUUGGCAGAAAUCAAGCGUUAUCAAGAUGACAAAUCUAUCUUGAAGCAAUAUGUGGAAAAUGAUCAAAUAGUUGAUAAUGGGAAGGUCUACUUAGUGCAACUCGAGAUUGUUCCACCUUUGUCUGAUAAUCAUCAAUUGAUUAGUCGGCUAGUUAUUAGUUUACAAGAGAGAAACAUCAUCCUGACACGAGUUAAUCCUACGGCCUGCUUGGGAGGAUCUGCGAAUAUACUUAACUGCCAGAGGUCGCAAACGUUUUGAGGUCUAUGUUUGUACAAUAUCUGAAAGAGACUAUGGCUUUGAAAUGUGGAGACUACUUGAUCCAGAGUCAAACUUGAUCAGCCCUAGGGAACUUCUGGAUUGAAUUGUAUGUGUUAAGUUUGUUAAUUUGGAGGACUUUGACCCACCCACAACUGCUCCCAAGGCAGUCACUGAUCAAUGCCUUCCAGGAAAUAUAACAAACAACAAGAGGCCUAGCUACACAGUUGACACACAAUCUCAGUUGAGCCGCCGCAAAUCACCCUUCACCGGAAACAAUGGCCGGACUUUUCUCCAAUGCUUUGGAGAUGAUCAAAGAGUUAUCCACGCCUCAUGCCCUUCAAUAUUUGGAACCCAUAUGGAGUGGAGUUGAUGAGCAGCUUCAAAAGCUCCAAUUCUCCUUACUUGUUAUCCAACCGCUUGUUGAAGAUGCAGAGGCGAGGCAGUUGAAGGAACAGGCUGUCAGAUGCUGGCUUGUGUGGCUCAAAGAUGCAGUCUAUGACGCUGAAGACAUUCUUGACGAGGCCAAGACGCAUGAACUACUCAUCCAACGCAAGACAGAGCUUUCUGGUCGCCCAAGAAGCAAGGUGCGUGAAUUCUUUUCUCUUGAUCAUAACCCACUCUUGUUUAAACUUCAGUUGGGGAAGAAGCUCAGAAACGUCAAUGAGAAAAUAAAUGACCUCAUUGAGAAGAUGGACAAGUUCAAACUCAGGCCGAUUGUUGAAAACAACAGCAAGCCUUUGGGGAACAGGCCUCAAACCUACUCAUAUUUGCAUGAAUCACUACUUAUUCUUGGUAGAGAUGAAGAUAAAGAGAAGUUAGUGCAGAUGUUGAUCAGUGAUUGUUUUGGUGAGAAAGUGGCUGUGGUUUCUAUAGUCGGCAUGGGUGGUCUGGGAAAGACGACACUUGCUCAGUUGGUCUAUGCAGAUGAAAGGGUCAAGAAUCAUUUUGAACAAUGCAUAUGGGUUUGUGUUUCUGAUGAUUUUGAUGUGCCAAGGCUUGCUCAAAAGAUCAUAUGUACAGCUGGUGGUGAAAUUCGUGAUUCUACAAACAUGGAGAUGCUGCAACAGGACCUGCGAAAGGUGUUGUUGAGAUAUUUGCUGGUAUUAGAUGAUGUAUGGAAUGAAGAUUUCCAAAAAUGGGAUGCUCUUAGAAACAUGCUGCUCGAUGGAGGAGAAGGAAGCAGAAUUCUUGUGACCACACGCAAUGAAAAAUGCUCUAGAGUGAUGGGUGCUCAGAAACCUUACAUUCUCAGCGGUUUAUCACAAGAAAGCUCUUGGGAUUUAUUUGAACAUAAAGCAUUUGUUGAAGAUGCAGAAAAACCACCAGGAUUGGUAGAGAUUGGUAAAAAGAUUGUUAUGAAAUGUCAAGGACUACCACUUGCUAUACAAGUAAUGGGGAGUAUCAUGCGCUCUAAGAGCGAUGAAAGUGAAUGGCAGGCUGUGUUGGAAAAUGAAACAUGGAAGUCACAACAUACAGAAAAUAAAAUCAUGCCGGAACUGUGGCUAAGCUAUGUUGACUUGUCUUCUCACUUAAAGAGGUGUUUUACUUUUUGUGCCAUUUUCCCAAAGGAUCAUGAUUUUAAGGAACAGGAGCUGAUUAAAUUUUGGAUGGCUCAUGGGCUUAUACCGUCUGGAAAAGGAACUGAUAUGGAAGUUGAAGGGCGAGAGACUUUCACUGAGUUAAUAAGGAGAUCUCUUUUACAAAUUGAUUGUUCUGUUCCUGCGUGGGAAUAUGAAAGAGUGUGUAAGAUGCAUGAUCUCAUCCAUGAUGUGGCACACUUUGUUAUGGAGAAUGAAUGCUUCACAUCGUUGAAGGGCGGUGCAGCCCCUGAAAUCCCAAUAUGGCCACGUCAUUGGAAUUUAGAUGCUGGUGAAAAUUAUAACCUAGGUGAUUGCUCCAACAUCCAUACUCUGCUAUAUUGUAGAAGAGACUUAAGUGUGCUGUCGAGGCUGAAGAUGGUGAGAGUGCUCGACUUGAGUCAUGCAUACAUUGACAAAUUGCCUGCAUCAAUAGAGCAUUUGCACCAUCUUAGAUACCUCGAUCUUUCUUCUACUUAUAUUAGGAAACUUCCGGAAUCCAUUUGUAUGUUGGUUAAUCUGCAGACAUUGAUUCUCUAUGGUUGUUAUAAACUUUCUGAGAUUCCCAAGAGCAUAACAUACAUGAACAGUCUUAGACAUCUUCUUUUUGAUGAUAAUCGUCCAGAGUUCGAGGCAUUAAAUGCUUGUUUGAGUCAAUUACAAAACUUGAAAACACUAUCAGGAUAUACUGUGGAAGAUGAUGCAAAGAACAAUAUAGGACAAUUAAAGUCCUUGAAUCCCUUGGGUGCACUUGCUUUGUAUAACCUCCAGAAGGUGAAGAAUGCUGAUGAUGCUAGAAAAGCUAAUUUGGGCAACAAGCAACUUAUUCACACAUUAAAAUUAAGUUGGGGAAAAUUAAGUUGGGGACCUGAUGAUGAAUGUUGUUCGAUGGAAAAUGCAGAGGAGGUGUUGGAAGCCUUGAAACCUCCCAGUUUGUUAAAUAAACUUACAGUUAGUUAUUAUCCAGGCAAACAAUUUCCAAUGUGGAUGGGAGAAAGGCAACAAUUCCAAUAUCUACAUCACAUUAUACUAUUCAAAUGCAAAGCAUGUGAGCAACUCCUUCCACUUGAGAUAUUACCUGGUCUUGAGAAUCUGAGUGUCAGUGAAAUGCAUAGCAUCAAACACAUUGUUAACAACACAAGGGGCAAUCCACAGCAAUCAUUCCCUGCAUUGAAGAAGUUGUACUUAGAAUCAAUGAGGAACCUAGAGGGGUGGUGUGUGGAGGAUACAGAUGCAAAUCCAAAUCUGGCCUUGUUUCCAUGCCUCGCUCUGAUGGUUAUUAAAGCAACCCCCAAGUUGACAACCAUGCCACCAGAGAUAUUUCCCCGUCUGGAGGAACUCAGAAUGUAUGAAAUGGAUGGCAUCAAACACAUUGUCAACAAUAGAAGAGGCGAUGCACUGCAAUCAUUCCCUGCAUUGAAGAAGCUGUACUUUGAAUCAAUGAGGAACCUAGAGGGGUGGCGUGUGGAGGAGGAUAGAGAAGCAAAUCUGCCCUUGUUUCCAUGCCUCAAUUGGAUGGAAAUUCAAAGAUGCCCCAGAUUGACAACCCUGCCACUUGAGAUAUUACCCUGUCUUGAAUAUCUCAGAAUGUAUGAAAUGCAUGGCAUUAAACACAUUGCCAACAAUAGAAGAGGCGAUGCACUGCAAUCAUUCCCUGCAUUGAAGAAGCUGUACUUAGUAUCAAUGAGGAACCUAGAGGGGUGGUGUGUGGAGAGGGAUAGAGAAGCAAAUCUGCCAUUGUUUCCGUGCCUCAAAAGGAUGAGAAUUAAAGGAUGCCCCAAAUUGACAACCCUGCCACUCGAGAUAUUACCUUGUCUUGAGGAACUCAGAAUGUAUGAAAUGGAUGGCAUCAAACACAUUGUUAACAACAGAAUAGGUGAUGCACCACAAUCAUUUCCUGCAUUGAAGAAGUUACUAUUAGUAAAAAUAACGAACCUAGAGGCAUGUUGUAUGGAGGAGGGUAGAGAAGCAAAUCCGUCCUUGUUUCCAUGCCUCCUUUCGAUGGAUAUUAAAAAAUGCCCCAAGUUGACAUUGGUUUUGCAGAACCUGACAUCUCUAACAGACCUAUGGGUGACUUCAAUUGAAAAUCUGGUGUCCUGGCCAAACGAGAUGCAAGGUUUGAAGUCCCUCAAUACUCUCACAAUUAGUUCUUGUAAGAUUUUGACCGAUGCAUCAUCACAAGGCGACUGUGGUCCACCGUUUCUAACGCAUCUUAAUUUUUUUGAGUGUGACCUGAGAAAAUUGCCCAUGUGUCCCAAAUCACUCCAAUCCUUGGUUAUCAGCAAUUGUCCACAAAUCGAGUCUUUGUGGCCAGAAAUGGGACACCUUACUUCACUAUCCUUUUUAUGGUUAUCUAAAUGUCCCAAGCUUGUGUCUCUAUCAGAUGGGAUGCAGGCCCUCACUUCCCUUCAGUCUCUAUAUAUUGAAGAUUGCCCGGCACUAAAGUCAUUCCCAAGGGGCCUCCAACGUCUACUUCCUACUCUAGGAAAACUAAUAAUCGAAAGAUGCCCGGAGCUAGAGAAGUUAUGCAAGCCUGGAGGAGACUAUUACAACCUUCUCUCUACCAUGUCAUAUAAACAAGUAGGAAGAGCACAGCCUUUGAAGUGCAUCACCACAAAUCGGUUCCUUUUAUCAGUGAUUUUGAUUUGUGCCAUUGCCUGUUGCAUAAAUUUUCUUUUCAACCAACAUGAUAGCCAGAAUAUGAAAGAGGUUUGGUAUAUCCCCCCAACAUGAAGACAAAAAAGCACAGGGAGUCUGAAAUCAGAAUGCGCAGGAAACAUAUCAUUUCCAAAUAUCAGUUCAAUUGGCGAGUUUAUUUCUUGGUGUCCCAUUUGUGAAUACGUUCUUCAUAUUACUUCCGGGAGAUGAAUCAAUAGUCCAAUCAAAGAGUCCAAAAUCUCAAUCAGAAUAG